GUGCGGGUAGGGCGCGCUUGGCCCCCUAAGAGAGUGAGGGACUGAGGAUCGAAAGACUCCCGAGGCCCUGAGGGACGGAGCUGGAGCAUCAGCCCUUUAUCCCGAGAGUGAGGGUCCUAGGUGUUUGGAGGAGGAGGGGAUCGUGGAUCGUGACGGAGGGGCGGCUGGGAUCCCGGACUUCUGGGUCCUGGGGAUGCAGGGGCCUGGGGAUGCAGGAUCGCAGGGCCCCGAGGGUGCAAGGGCUGGGAGGCUGGAUCCCUGGGUCCUUGGAGGUGCUAGGGGUUGCUGGCAGCCGAGACUCCUACCCCUAGAAGAAGGGACUGGGCUGAGUGCUGGGAGGCGUGGUCGCUUAAAAUCGGCGUGGGUCUCGGUGGGGAAGGGUCCGGAGCCUGGCCUCAGGGUCUACGCUGGAGGUGACCCUGCCUCUGCCCCGCCCUGGGAUUUCCGGAUCGCCACCCGUGCGGGGCUGAGCAGGAAUUCCCCUUGCGCGGGGAUUCCACGAGCGCCACGCUCCGCCGCGCGCCCCGCCUCGGAGCAGGACACCUGGGGCACAGGACUUGGGGGAAGGGGAGGAUGGAAGAUUCCCUUGCGUGAGCGCCGUGGCGUCAGUGCGCCGCGUCGGGGCUGUUUCCGAGCCGCCUCCUCCCGCCCCCGCCCCCCGCAAUCCCCGCCUAACCCUUCCUCUGCUGGAACCCAGGCUCGGAAGGUGAGCAGGGGUGAGCGCAGCCACUGCCCAACGCAAACCGUGAAGAAGCUUCUGGAAGAGCAGAGGCGCCGCCAGCAGCAGCAGCCCGACGCUGGCGGGGUGCAGGGACAAUUUCUCCCUCCCCCAGAGCAGCCCCUGACCCCAUCUGUGAAUGAGACUGUGACUGGCCACCCUCCCUUCCCAGCACACUCGGAGACUGUGGGUUCUGGACUUAGCAGCCUGGGCUUUCCAGACUGGGACCCCAACACGCAUGCUGCCUACACAGACAGCCCCUACUCUUGCCCUGCUUCUGCUGCCGAAAAUUUCCUGCCUCCUGACUUCUACCCACCCUCGGACCCAGGGCAGCCGUGCCCAUUUCCCCAGGGCAUGGAGGACCCCCCAGACACCCAGUUCUAUGUAGAAUCUUCCCUGCCACAGGCCGGACCCUGGAGAGUUUCUGCACUCCCUUCGGGACCCCCACAGUUCCCUGCUGUGGUCCCUGGACCAUCGCUGGAGGCGGCCCGAGCUCACAUGCUGGCUUUGGGGCCACAGCAGCUGCUGGCCCAGGAUGAGGAGGGGGACACGCUCCUUCACCUAUUUGCGGCUCGGGGGCUGCGCUGGGCAGCAUAUGCUGCGGCUGAGAUGCUCCAGGUCUACCGGCGUCUUGAUAUUCGUGAGCAUAAGGGCAAGACCCCUCUCCUUGUGGCGGCUGCUGCCAACCAGCCCCUGAUUGUGGAGGAUCUGUUGAACCUGGGAGCAGAGCCCAAUGCCGCUGACCAUCAGGGACGUUCGGUCUUGCACGUGGCUGCUACCUACGGGCUCCCAGGAGUUCUCUUGGCUGUGCUUAACUCCGGGGUCCAGGUCGACCUGGAAGCCCGAGACUUCGAGGGCCUCACCCCGCUCCAUACGGCCGUCCUGGCCCUUAACGUUGCUAUGCGCCCUUCCGACCUCUGUCCCCGUGUGCUGAGCACGCAGGCCCGAGACAGGCUGGAUUGUGUCCACAUGUUGCUGCAAAUGGGUGCUAAUCACACCAGCCAGUAGAGACGGAGUUUCUCCACGUUGGUCUUGCUGGUCUUGAACUCCCGACCUCAGGUGAUCCACCUGCCUUGGCCUCCCAAAGUGCUGUGAUUAAAGGCGUGAGCCACCGCGCCCAGCAGGGUUUUUUGUUUGUUUGUUUGUUUGCUUUUGAAACAGGGUCUCACUCUGUCGCCCAGGCUAGAGUGCAGUGGUGCAAUCUCAUCUCACGGCAACCUCUGCCUCCCAGGUUCAAGCAAUUCUCUUGUCUUAGCCUCCUGGGUAGCUGGGACUAUAGGCGCACGCCACCAUGCCUGGCUAUUUUGUGUGUGUAUGUGUGUGUGUUUUAGUAGAAGUGGGCUUUCAUUGUGUUGGCCAGGCUGGUCUCAAACUCCUGACUUCAAAUGAUCCUCCCACCUUGGCCUCCCAAAGUGCUGGGAUUACAGGCGUGAGCCACCGUGCCUGGCCCCUAGUUGUUAACUGGGAGUAAUAUUACUGACCUUAGGGUAUGUUAUCAAGCACUUACUAUUCAUUUAUCAAGCACCGAGUUUCAUAGAUUAGCUUAUUGAAACCUCACAAACACCCUGUGACAUGUGUACUCUAUUUUCUAUAUUUUACUGACAAGGAAACUGAGGCACGGGAAAUCAAAAAUCUUUUUUUUUUUCUUUUUGAGACAGAGUUUUGCUCUUGUUGCCCAGGCUGGAGUGCAAUGGUGUGAUCUCAGCUCACCACAACCUCCGCCUCCUGAGUUCAAGCGAUUCUCCUGCCUCAGCCUCCCCAGUAACUGGGAUUACAGGUUCCCACCACCACGUUCAGCUAAUUUUGUAUUUUUAGUAGAGACAGGGUUUCUCCAUGUUGGUCAGGCUGGUCUCAAACUCCUGACCUCAGGUGAUCUUCCUGCCUUGGCUUCCCAAAGUGCUGGGAUUACAAGCGUGAGCCACUACACCUGGCCUCAAAAAAUCUUUUUGAGACAGGGUCUCACUCUGUCACUCAGGCUGGAGUGCAGUGGCACGAUCAUAGCUUAUUGCAGCCUUGACCUUGUGCACUUCAGUGAUCCUCCCACCUCAGUCUCCCAAGUAGCUGUGAUCACAGGCAUGCACCACCAUGCCUGGCUACUUUUUUAUAGAGGUAGGGUCUAACUAUGUUGGCCAGGCUGGUCUCAAACUCCUGAGCUCAAGCAGUCCUUCCACCUCUGCCUCUGAAAGUGCUGGGAUUACAGUUGUGAGCCACUGCACCCAGCCUAAAAAAUCUUAUAGCUCGUGAGUGUCAGAGAGAGAAUUAGAACCCAGGUAGUCUGACUUUAGAAGCUAGCUUUUAAUUAUGUUCUAUUCCUUUCCUGUGACAGUAGCUCCUUCAUAGGCUGGCUGAGAGAAUUAAACAUCCACAAAAAAUGUUUAUUUAUUUAUUGAGAUGGAAUCUCACUCUGUCACCCAGGCCGGAGUGCAGUGGCAUGAUCUCGGCCUACUGCAACCUCUGCCUCCCUGGUUCAAGCGAUGCUCCUGCCUCAGCCUCCUGAGUAGCUGGGACUACAGGCAUGCACCACCACGCCUGGCUAAAUUUUGUAUUUUUAAUGGAGAUGGGGUUUCACUAUGUUGGCCAGGCUGGUCUCAAACUCUUGACCUCAGGGGAUCCGCCCACCUUGGCCUCCCAAAGUGCUGGGAUUACAGGCAUAUAAGCCACCGCGCCCAGCCGAAAAAUGUUUUUUUAGUUAAAGAAUGUUGAACACCAAUAAAAUACAGAAAAUAGUAGAAUGAACUCCAUGUGUCCAACAUCAAUAACCAGCAACUCAUGGCCAGUCCUGCCCCAUUCACUCUCUCGUUUUCAAGUGAUUUUUGUUUUUUUUUUUUUGAGACAGCUCUCGCUCUGUCACCCAGGCUGGAGUGCAGUGGUGCGAUCUCAGCUCACUGCAAACUCCGCCUCCCAGGUUCGCACCAUUCUCCUGCCUCAGCCUCCUGAGUAGCUGGGACUACAGGCGCCCGCCACCAUGCCCGGCUAAUUUUUUGCAUUUUUAGUAGAGACACGGUUUCAUCAUGUUAGCCAGGAUGGUCUCGAUCUCCUGACCUCGUGAUCCACCCGCCUUGGCCUCCCAAAGUGUUGGGAUUACAGGCGUGAGCCACCGCGCCCAGCCUCUCACUUUCAUGUGAUUUUUAAGCAAAUUCAAACAUAUUUUUUUCAAAAAUAUUUGUAUAUCUUUAAAGAAUAACGGUGUUUAGCAGAGUUAGCUAGAUGGUGGGGAGGGACUGUAGGAAGGACGGGCAUGACUGAGUAGAGACAAGACAAGGCGUUAUUAGCAGGUUUGGGAAAUGAAUGAUGGUAAUCUAGGCUCUUAAUGGUUGCAAAGUAGAGCUAAGUGAUCAUUUGGGCAAUACAGAGAAGGUGGAAUUGAUACUUUGGUAAUUCAUUCCUUUCUUCACUCAGAAUUUUGGACACAUAUGAUGUGGCUACCAGUGUGCUGGUGAUGGAGCAUAAAGUUGCUUUUUGUUUGGUUGUUUUUAGAGACAGGGUCUGGCUUUGUCACCCAGGCUGGAGUGCCGUGGUGCGAUCACGAAUCACUGUAGCCUCGACUUCCUGACCUCAAGCAUUCCUCCCACCUCAGCCUCCCAAGUAGCUGGGACU